UGGACUGAGAAAGAUGGUUACGGCAAAGCAGUGAAACGAAUACUUCGAGACAACUGCAUGAAGCUUGCACAGAAAGAAAAAGAAAUUUUAAAUCAAUUCAACGCAAAGAGAUCAAAAUAUGUUGUGAAUUAUUCCUUCUUAGAAGAAGAUACUGGAACGGAUUAUGUCUAUUUAAUAUUAGACUUAUGUGAAGAAUCGUUGGAGAGUUAUGUGAAAUCUUCUACUUUGGAAGAUCUUCAAAACGCUCUUCCCGACAUUCUCAGACAAAUUUUGCAAGGAUUAGCUGAUCUUCAUAGUGGCGAAAAUCCCAUUAUUCAUCGGGACUUAAAGCCUACCAAUGUUCUCCGAGACUCACAAGACAACUUUCUGAUAGCUGACUUUGGCAUUAGUCAAAUAUUGAAUAAUGAUUCUACGACAUAUGAAAGCAGUCCUAACACAGGAACGGAGUAUUGGAUAGCUCCAGAAUCAUAUUGUGAAAAGGAAGAUUCUGUUGAUAAAGGACGGUACAAGAAAGAGUCUGAUGUAUAUAAUGCAGGAAUGGUAACUUAUUAUAUUGCAACAAAGGGAAAACAUCCGUUUGGAACUAAACCGUAUAGACUGAUGAACAUGUUGAAUGGAAAGCCUGUUGGUUUGGAUCAAAUCGAGGAUGCAACACUAAAGGACCUUCUGUCGUGGAUGUUAAAUCUAAAACCUGAAGACAGACCAUCGGCUACCGUGGCGUUAAAACACCCAUUUCUUAUGUCGGAUGACGAGAAAUUUGACUUAUUAUGUAAAGUUGGAAAUAUUCAGCAGAUUAAGACAAAUGAUCCCCUGUGUAGUGUCGUUCAACAAUUGAAUAGUGAAUCCUCAGAUUGGAAAAGUAAAAUAGACAGUGAUGUUUAUGAUUAUUUUAGGACGGAUGUGGUGACUGGAAAGAUUUUUACAUAUGACUCUUCAUGGACAGAAUGUUUAAGACUUAUUCGAAAUAUAAACCAACAUUGGAACGAUCGACCACGGCCAAGACCACAACUAGAACCAUUUUAUAAGAUUGGCGAUCACAAGGCGUAUAUUCUCAAAAAAUUCCCCAAUCUCCCUGUUCGAGUGCAUGCUACUGUGAGGUCCGAUGAAGAAUUGAAAAACAGUCCAGAUCUCAAGAACUUAUUCAAUUUCGGUGAAAAGAAAUCACAUCAAAAAUAAACAGUUUUUAAACAGUAAAAACAGUUUGUGAAAAGGCAAGUGAACAGGAAAGAUACCGUGUAAAAUAGAAUUUACUCAGAUUGGAAAAGACAAAUAAAUUUUUUACGCAUA